AAGCGGGAACUGCUGGGACGGAGGAGGCGUCGCCAUGGACGUGGCCGAGGUGGAGUUUCUGGCGGAGAAGGAGCUGGUGACCGUCAUCCCGAACUUCAGCCUGGACAAGAUCUACCUAAUCGGGGGGGAGCUGGGCCCCUUUCUUCCAGGGCUCCCGCUGCAGGUGCCUUUGUGGCUGGCUGUGAGCCUGAAGCAGCGACAGAAGUGCCGCCUGGUGCCGCCCGAGUGGAUGGAUGUGGAAAAGCUGGAAAAGGUUCGCGAUUUAGAGCGGCAGGAAGAGACUUUCAGUCCCAUGCCCAGCCCACACUACAUGGAACUCACCAAGCUGCUGCUCAACCAUGCUUCCGACAAUAUCCCCAAAGCAGACGAGAUCCGGACUCUGGUCAAGGACAUGUGGGAUACCCGCAUCGCCAAACUGCGGGUGUCAGCUGACAGUUUCGUGAGGCAGCAGGAAGCACAUGCCAAGCUGGACAACCUGACCCUGCUGGAGAUCCGCAGCAGCGGUGCCUUCCUCACCCAGGCACUCGACCACAUGUACAAGCUACGAACCAGCUUGCAGGCCCCACAAGCCUCCCAGUCUCAGGACUUCUAGCCCAGCUGGGCCACAGUGC